AUGAAGAAUUUAAUUCAAUCUAGUGGUAUCCUUUCUUCAAUCAUAGAGAAAGAAUCUAUCAAUUUAGAUGUAGGAUGUUAGUAAACUUUAGAGCAAAAGAGCUCUGUAUAUAAUAUAAUAAGUCUAAAAAUAAAAUGA